AUGUCCACUCAAAGAGAUCUCGAACGAGCAGAGCCUGGACCUAGUUUUGACGCUCAACGAGAUGAAUUCCGCGGCAAGGUUCAAAACGAUGUACAGACACCCACGGGAGACGAUUCGGCGAUUGUGGCAGCGUGGAUGCAGCGGAUCCAGACACUCACUCUUAUAACGACAUUUCUUGCUUCCAUCGACGGAGAGCUCUUCACCCUUACCUCCGUAUCGUCGCAGGUAACAGUCAAUGCAAGCUUGGACUCUCAGGAACUCGUGUAUGCGUGUUUUACUGGUGCCCUCGUUUUUCAUGUCUGUGCUUCAAUUCUGGGAUAUAUCGCGUCUUUUCUUCUCGUUCGAUACCAGACCAUCGACACAAUACCCCCUUCCGAUAUGAAAACUGACGUGCUGGGAAAGCUUCCUGAUACUGGUUCACCUCACGAACGCCUUUAUGGAAAGCAGCUCUUGCUUAAAGCCAUCCCUCCUUUGUAUAUCGUACAGUCCCUUCUUCAGAUACCCUGCGGGGUCCGAUUCCAAUCCAGGACGUCCUCUCCCCCACUGGAUCUUCUGACUCGGUCCUAUUUUACGAUUUUGGCGCUAAGUGGCGCCGGCUUUGUCUUGGCACUUCUUGGUAUCGCCACUUAUGCAUGGUUUGGACUGAAGCGGGUUGUUGGGAUAUUCACGAUAGCCUGUAUAGGUGUUAGUCUGUUGUCAGGUGUGUGGGCGAUGGUGUACUGA